AGAGCUUCUGCCUUUAACUUUAAACAAAACAGCUCAACAUAGAGAGACACAAAGCCCCUGCUUCAUUCAUUCACUUGCCGGCUGUUGCACUUUUACUUCACUUGGCCUGCCCCUCUUUCUGUUUUCAUAAGACCUCUCUCUCUGACUCUCUCUCUUUCUCUCUCCCUCUCGCUCGCUCACUCUCUCUCUCCCUCUCUCCCCGUCUCUCUCUCUCUCUCUCUCUCUCCCUCUCUCCCCGUCUCUCUCUCUCUCUCUCUCUCUCUCUCUCUCUCUCUCUCUCCCUUUCUCUCUCUAUUUCUCUAUGGCUAUGAAUAUAGGGAUGAUGGACGGUGCUUACUUUGUUGGAAGGAAUGAGAUCCUUUCAUGGGUCAAUACUAGACUUCACCUCAAUCUCUCUCGCAUUGAGGAGGCUGCCUCAGGUGCUGCUCAAUGCCAGAUGAUGGAUAUGACCCAUCCUGGAGUUGUUCCAAUGCACAAGGUGAACUUUAACGCGAAGUCAGAAUAUGAUAUGAUCCAAAACUACAAGGUGCUUCAAGAUGUUUUCAACAAACUUAAAAUUGACAAGCAUGUUGAAGUGAACAGACUAAUCAAAGGUCGGCCACUGGAUAAUCUGGAGUUUCUACAGUGGCUAAAGCGUUACUGCGACUCUGUAACUGGUGGCAUAAUGAAUGAGAACUACAAUCCUGUUGAGCGCAGAAGUAAGUUAGGGAAGGAAAAAAGUUUAAAAAGUUUUAACAAGAACUAUAAGUCACUACAAGCAAACAACUCACAUAACUCUGACUUGUGGGAUGGAGUGGGUGCCGAUAAAAUAUCUGGACACAAGCAAGGAAAAGCAACUUCUCCAACGACUGGGACUAAUUUUGUUGGCGAGCGAGAGCAUUUGAUGAAGGAGAUUGCAGAACUGAAGAUUUCUGUGGACCUUUUGGAAAAGGAGAGAGAUUUCUAUUUCACAAAAUUACGUGAUAUUGAAGUAUUUUGUCAGACUCCUGAAGUAGAAAAUCUUCCGAUGUCGCUGGCAGUCAAGAAGAUACUAUAUGCCUCUGAUGCGAAGGAGUCUGAACUUGCAGAAGCUCAAGAAGACCUGCAAAGUUCGGAUGUUGAAGGUGGUAGUGAUGAAGAAAAAGUUAAAGACUACUUACCCCAAGAAACAUAGUUCUUGAAUGCAAGGUCCUAGUAAAGCAUUAUGACUGACUUUGACAUCAUCUAGGAGUCUAUCUUGCUAUAUUUUCACGAGUUCCUGAGGUGAAAAUCAUUCAAUGAAAGAGGGUGCAUAUCGCAUCAGAUGAGAAUCUAUUAUAAAUCCUACCGACAUUUGUAACAAUUUGUACACUCUUAAUGCUUCUUUAGGUAAUGAACAAACCCCGAGGUCUGUUCUAUGUGAAAUUGAAGUUUUACUUCCAA